AUGAUGGAAAGAAUAAGAAAAGAGAUGAUUCUGAUGGAAAGAGGGCUGCACAGCCCUACAGCUGGCAAAAGGUUUUCGAAUUUGUCCGACUCAGCUGGAAAUGCGGUGCUGGAGGCCCUCGAAAAUUCGCAGCACGGUGGUCGCCUCAGCCCGAGACUGACUUCCGCCUCCCUGCAUAGCGCUAUAGGGGACAUCCCUGCCAAAGGGAAAUUCGAAAUAGACACUUUAUUCAACCUGCAACACCCGACCAGCGAAAGCACCGUCUCCUCGGAAAUCCCUCCGGCAGAGAGUAGGAAGAAAACGGGCCAUUAUUCCGAAGUUGCUCCAGAGGCAGAUAUGAACAGUGAUGUGGAGGUGGGCUGCUCCGCUCUCCGCUCUCCAGCCAGCCUCAGUGCCUCUCAGUUGAAGGAAAACAAUAACAAAGGAUAUUCGGAGAGCAGCUCAGCUGCUACUACCACCCCUUCUUCCUCAGGUCCUGGCUUAACCAACCUGCACAGCAGUAAUGCCCUUGGUAGUUCGGGCUCCGGGGCCGAUCAGGUGAGACGCUACCGCACCGCCUUCACCAGGGAGCAGAUCGCCCGGCUGGAGAAGGAGUUUUACCGCGAGAACUAUGUCUCUCGGCCCAGAAGGUGCGAAUUGGCCGCUGCGCUCAACCUGCCGGAAACCACCAUCAAGGUGUGGUUCCAGAACCGAAGGAUGAAGGACAAGAGACAGCGCCUGGCCAUGUCGUGGCCCCACCCGGCCGACCCCAGUUUCUACACUUAUAUGAUGACGCACGCGGCUGCCACCGGAAGCCUGCCCUAUCCCUUUCAUUCGCACGUGCCACUCCACUACUACCCCCACGUGGGUGUCACGGCCGCCGCGGCUGCAGCCGCGGCCUCAGGAGCUGCGGCAGCGGCCUCGUCACCUUUCGCCACUUCCAUCCGCCCGCUGGACACCUUCCGCGCGCUCUCUCACCCUUAUUCACGGCCCGAGCUGCUCUGCAGCUUCCGCCACCCAGGCCUUUACCAGUCUCCGGCGGCGGCCGCCGGGCUCAACAGCGCGGCUUCGGCUGCAGCAGCGGCAGCGGCCGCGGCCGCUGCGGCCUCUUCUGCGGGUGACAGCUGCUGCAGGGAGGACAAAAAACCUGAACUACAGGGCGCGUUUGGGACCAAAAAGCCCAAGUUAUUUAAGGUGGAACCAACCAUCCCGGGGGAACGUCUGAAACAAGCUUACGACUCUUCUAAGGUUUUGAGCACGGUUUCAUUGACAUCCUGA